AUGGAAUGGUGGUUUAAAACGGGCUCCAUAAGACCUAAAAAUCGUCAGCCAACAACUAUUGCACAGUCGAAGAAAGAUAACAAUAGUUGUAGUAAAAAUAAUUCCUUAGAACUAUAUUCGGAAUAUGUACAUAGUUCUACUUUAGAAUCUACGAUACCUGAUGUAAAUAUUCGAAAAGGAAGCAAAAAACGAAAAUAUUUCGAUUCAUAUUUAGAUAUGGGAUUCACUGAAUUUGCUGAUGAACGUCCUCAGUGUGUGAUAUGUAACAAAGUUUUGCCUAAUAGCUUAAUGUUCCCUGCUAAGCUUAAACAAUAUUUUGAAACACAUCCUGACUUCAUAAAUAAAACUGCAGACUAUUUUAAAAGAAAAAGUGAUGAAUUCCAUGUAACUCCGAAAACGUUUGUAUCUCAUGUAAAAACAUAUUCUGAAAAAGCACUGAAAGCAUCGUACUUAGUAAUUUAA